AUGGACAAAACAAGAGAUGCGCAAGAGGAAGUCAAAUGGAAAAACAAAGUUGAAUACAUGCUGACCUCCAUCGGUUUUGCAGUUGGGAUUGGAAACGUUUGGCGUUUCCCCUUUCUUUGCCAAACAUAUGGAGGAGGAGCUUUCCUCAUCCCUUACUUGUUAGCGUUGGCAUUUGAGGGUCUGCCCCUACUCUACCUGGAGAUGGCAAUUGGACAGAGGCUCCGCAAGGGAAGCAUUGGCGUGUGGAAGACCAUAUCACCCUAUCUGGGUGGAGUUGGUAUUGGCUCUAUGGUUGUAUCCUUCCUGGUGUGCAAUUUCUACAACACCAUCUUAGCCUGGGUCUUCUGGUAUUUCUUCAACUCCUUUCAAAACCCACUGCCAUGGAGCCAGUGUCCACUCAAUGCUAAUCGUACAGGUUUAAAUGAGGAAUGUGUGAUAAGCACACCAGUAAAUUUCUUCUGGUACCGCCAGACCCUGAACAUCACCACUGACAUUAAGAUCAGUGGUUCCCCUCAGUGGUGGUUGGUGGUCUGCCUUGCCUGCGCCUGGUUGACGAUGUAUAUCUGUAUCAUCAAAGGAAUCCAGUCAAUGGGAAAGGCAGUGUAUGUGACAACCACCUUGCCUUAUGUGGUGCUCACCAUUUUUCUGGUCCGCGCUCUCACCCUGCCCGGAGCAACAGAUGGACUGGUUUAUCUCUUUACUCCUGAUUGGGAGAUACUGAAGAACCCUCAAGUGUGGCUUGAUGCCUCAACUCAGAUCUUCUUCUCUCUCUCAGUGGCAUUUGGAGGUCUCAUUGCAAUCUCCAGUUAUGCUAAUGAGAAGAACAACUGCGAAAAGGAUGCAGUCAUUGUGGGAUUAAUAAACAGUGGCACAUCCCUAUAUGGAGCCAUAUCCAUCUUUGCCAUUCUGGGUUUCAAAGCCAACAACGGGUAUAACUCCUGUCUAAACGGAAACAUCUUGACUCUGACAAACCACUUCGAGUAUUCUGACCAGAAUAUAACAAGGGACAACUAUGACCAUUGGGUUGACUAUCUGAAUUCAACAUAUCCAGAUGAGCUCUCCAGCCUGCAAUUGAAACCCUGCAACCUGAAAACAUUCCUUGACCAGAGUGCUUCUGGAACUGGCCUGGCUUUCAUUGUGUUCACUGAAGCAGUACUGGAGAUGCCAGGCUCGCAAUUAUGGGCGGUAUUGUUUUUCCUGAUGCUCUUCAGCUUAGGCCUCUCUUCCAUGUUUGGGAAUGCAGAGGGAGUCCUAAGGCCUUUCAGUGAUCUCAAUCUGGUACCCAAGUCAGUACCGAAAGAACUUAUAACAGGAGCAUUUUGCUUGAUGUCAUUUUUGAUUUCCCUCAUCUUCACCAUGGGGUCUGGGAACUACUGGGUUGAAGUAUUCAACGGCUACGUGGGCUCGGUUCCUCUCCUCAUUAUUGCAUUGUUUGAACUUAUUGGAGUUGUUUAUAUUUAUGGAAUGAAUAGAUUCAGUGAGGACAUCCGAUAUAUGACUGGGAAGAGGCCGAAUCUUUAUUGGAAAAUUUGUUGGACUACUAUCAGUCCUUUAAUGCUUCUGGUAGUGUUGAUUGCGUAUGUGGUCCUCCAAGCCCAGAGACACCCAACAUACCCUGCAUGGAAUCCUGCUUACGAACACUUUCCCAAAACGGAGGACAAGCCCUAUCCAGACUUUGCGUUUGCCGUAAUCGUCCUUCUCUGUACAGUACCUGUGGUUUCCAUCCCACUGGUGGCUAUCUACAAAGGAAUCCAAAAGGCCAAGUGGACGUCUUCUACAAAGGAAGGGCUAAACCCAUACGGCAAUGACGGCUUUGAGCCUGAAGCGCAGUAA